ACAUCUCGCUGUCCUCCCCGUCGGCAGUCAGUCGGCCCGUCCAUACGUCCAACUGCCGGGCAUACACAUUUCCAACCCUCCCCAGUACGGGCCAGGGAAUAUGCAGGAAAUAGACGCUGGCAAAAUGGCGCACAACGGCAAGGCACUCACAGGGCGCUACAAUGCCACGCCCACCUAUGGCUUCGACAACGAGCAGAACUACUGCCUGAAUUCCCAACAGUUGCCGUCUCCAAUGCCCCCUCCACCAUACGCCUUGGCACGCGUGAGCAGCACACGCAACUUCGAGCUCGAGAACCACACACCGCCGGCAUGUCCCGGCUCUGGACCCAUUGCCAUGACGAACGGCACCAUCCAGUUGCGCCUCCGCGAUGGCGUGCGCAUUGACAUGACUCUGGACAAGGCGGUGCGCGUGCUCAAUCAGCACAGCAUGGUGGCAGUUGCUCUAUCACGCAACUGCAGCAACUCGGCUUUGAUCCACCCCAAUGGACGCAUCUUGCAGAGCGGCGCUAAAGUCGAAAUAGUCACCUACGACGGCAUGAAGGGCAAUAACUUUGUUCGCUAUGCCAAGAUGUGGUACAAGGGUGUGAGCUUAACCAGCGAGGCGUGCGCUCUCAUCUACCUGGUGGACACAGCCGGGACGCGCACCACAUCCGACACUUUCACCGAUCUGACCAAGGACUACACCCUGGCAGUGUUCUAUGAUUCAGUUCUAAAUUUUGUUUGAUAGACUUUAAAAAUGGCA